AUGGACAUUCAAUUUGGUCAUUUGUUUGAAGACAGUCCUAUAGCAAAAGAUUUUAUCAACGAUGUGGACGAGACACGCAACAUUCAAAUGUCGACAGAACAAGAAAAUAUGGAGUUGUCUGAUUAUAAAUCAUUGUUGGGCUCAAAAUUAGUUGUAGAAGACUUGCGUAGUGACGAAGAAUUUGAAGAUGACUGUGAUUUUCCAAGCGAUGAUGAAAGUAUGACGUCAACCAAUGUCGAUUCAGACGAGUCCAUAAAUCAUAAACCUACAUCAACAGCCGAUGAUGUAGCCGUUGUAGUGUUUGAUGACUCCAACAGUGGACGAUCGUCCUUUUCAAAAAACAAAAGUGAAUGGCGUGCAUUCAUGAGCUCAAAAAUUCACAAGGUUGCAGGACGAAGCUUGAGUGGAGCUAAGCCAUCAUCAAAACAACUCACCCAAGAAAAGGAGGAUGAGGAGAAUGAUAGAAAACUAUACGAUUUACUCAAAACGUCAAAGUUGGUAGAGCAGUAUACUUCAUCGGAACUAACAGGAAAAGACCGAGUCAACUAUCAACGAGCUAAGAUGGUUGAGCUUGGCGGCAAGGCGCCAAAACCACCAAAAGUUCCUCUGCCAAUAAGGAUCAGUAUGGCAAAAAAGUCUGAAGAACGUGCUCGCCAAAAAAUUCAAGAAGCAAAAGAUAGUGGUAUGUAUCAUCACACACUCAAAACCCAAAUUACUGGAGGAAAUACCACGAAAAACAGUAAAAAGUCUCGAUUUGGUAAACGUGCCGACGCUGGAAUUGUCGGAUCCAUUGGCCGUAUCAAGGAUGGUGUGAUGCACGUUGCCAAAAAACAUAUUCGAGCUGUGGAGGGUACAUCUAGCCAUAUGGGCGGAGCCAACAAGAAGAGAAAAUUCAACGGAGACUCGUCGAUAAUGGGAUUGGCAUCGCGAGGCAAUGGUGGAAAGAAAAAAACCAAGAUGGUCAAACUUGGAAUAUAG